AAUGAAAUAAAAUCACGGGGGUAGGGUUUAGGUUUCAUCGACUAGACAGGAAUGGGUAGAGACAGCUGCUUGGUUCGGGUCACGGCCGGAGCGGCGAUAGGCGGAUCGAUCGGCGGCGCAGUUGGUGCCGUCUAUGGGACAUAUGAGGCUAUUAGAUACAAGGUGCCUGGAUUGUUGAAGAUAAGACACAUUGGGCAAACCACUCUUGGAAGUGCAGCAGUUUUUGGACUCUUCAUGGCAGCUGGGAGCUUGAUACAUUGUGGAAAAUAGUACUGACUUCCAUUGUAGCUUAGCAUUCAUAGUUUUGAUGCGUUAAGAGCACUUUGUAUCGUGAAUGUAUCGCUUCUUUCGGUCAAAUUAAAACAUCCAAUAAUUUUGAGGGGAAGUCAAUUUUUUGUAUCACGUAUUUUGAUUAUUAUGUUCUUCAAUAUGAUUUCCUCAACAAGCAGCUCUGUCCUUGUGGAGGAUUGCUUAUCCAUAAGAACAGUAAAGCAAGAGACCAAUGGGGCGAUGCCAAUUCCACACUAAA